UUGAGUUGUCUUUUAUGCAUAAUAAUAUAAGCAUAAAAUAAAAAAAUUUAGAAAUUUAUUAUUAUAUAUAAAUUUAAUUAAAAGAACAUACGUUUAUUUAAUAUUGUUCAUUAUCUGUUAUCUGUGAAUAUAAAGUGAAACUAAAGUGAUUUUUGCGAAUAUGGGGUUACCUCGUGUAUAUUUUGAUAUAUCGGCUGAUGAUAAAUCAUUAGGUCGUAUCAUAAUGGAAUUACGAACAGAUAUAGUUCCAAAAACAGCAGAAAAUUUUCGCGCCCUUUGUACGGGAGAAAAAGGUUUUGGAUAUAAAGGAAGUAUCUUCCACCGAGUAAUUCCUAAAUUUAUGUGUCAAGGUGGAGACUUUACUAACCAUAAUGGCACGGGAGGAAAAUCAAUUUAUGGAGAAAAAUUUGAAGAUGAAAAUUUUGAAUUAAAACACAUUGGUCCUGGCAUAUUGUCCAUGGCAAAUUCUGGACCUAAUACUAAUGGUUCACAAUUUUUUUUAACUACUAUAAAGACUACUUGGUUAGAUAAUAAACAUGUAGUUUUUGGUUCUGUCGUGGAUGGUAUGGGUGUAGUAAAAAAAAUUGAAAGCUAUGGUUCUCAAACUGGAAAAACUCAUCAAAAAAUUAUGAUUACUAAUUGUGGUCAACUCUAAAAUAUUUUAGUAAUAUAAUAUAUUAUAUAUAAUUUAUUUAUAAUAUAUUGUAUACAUAUAUACAUAACAUAU